CUCCCACUACGCCCCUCUCUCGGCAGUAUGGCCGCCGUCUUGUAGCAGUUGUAUUGUGCGGUUUCAAGAACCGAAGCUUUACCCUCGAUAAACAUGUCUGCUGUAUUUUUCUUGAAAAAGUCACUGAGCAGACUACCACCGAGUGUCGCUCGGCAGGUUGUCAGCUGCAGUUAUCACACAGAGAAAGGAGUUUACGGAUACCGACCCAAGCAGACCGACAGCCAGCACAAGUUGCCGACAGAGCGCAUCGCGGCGCUGAACCAAGAUCAUACCCUGGCCCGUCUGGUGGAGGCAUACAGAGCACAUGGACACAAGUAUGCCAGAAUUAACCCAUUACUACCUCAAAAGCCUGUAGCUGACAGUGUCCCGGAGAUAGACCUGCUGGCUGGCACCAUUAAAGGACAACUCAAUACUUCAGGUCUACAACACUUUGGGAAGACAGAAGCUUCUGUUGAGGAGGUUGAGGCCUACCUGAAAGAAGCAUACUGUGGCAACCUGUCAGUGGAGACCAGCCAGCUGAGCAGCCUGGAAGAACAGGAGUGGUUCACUGACAAAUUUGAAGAGCUCAAGAAGAAAACUUUCUCCAAUGAAGAGAGGAAGCAGCUGGCAAAGAUCAUGCUGGAGUCUCAGGAAUUUGACCACUUUCUGGCCACUAAGUUUGCUACUGUGAAACGUUAUGGAGGAGAGGGAGCAGAGAGCAUGAUGGGAUUCUUCCACGAGCUUUUCUUCCAGAUGGCUCACAGUGGAGUCACUGACAUCGUCAUCGGCAUGCCGCAUAGAGGUCGUCUCAACCUCCUGACGGGUCUGCUGAAGUUCCCACCAGAGCUCAUGUUCCGUAAAAUGCGCGGCCUCAGCGAAUUCCCCGACACUUCGCCUGCCUGUGGUGACGUCCUCUCCCACCUCACCUCAUCAGUGCAGUUGGAUUUCGGAGCCGCACACCCUCUGCACGUGACCAUGCUGCCAAACCCAUCUCACCUGGAAGCGAUCAACCCUGUGGCUCAGGGCAAAACUCGAGCCAGGCAGCAGCUAAGGAGAGAGGGAGACUAUUCACCUGAAGAGAAAGCACAGCCGGGGGACCAAGUUGUCUGCCUGCAGGUUCACGGUGACGGCUCUUUCACUGGCCAAGGGAUCGUUCCAGAAACUCUGACCAUAUCAAACCUCCCUCACUACAGAGUCGGUGGCAGUAUCCACCUUAUUGUGAACAACCAAGUGGGUUACACCACUCCAUCUGAAAGAGGGAGAUCCUCUCUGUACUGCAGCGAUGUUGGUAAGAUGGUGAACUGUGCUGUGAUCCACGUGAACGGCGACGAUGCAGAGGAGGUGCUGCGGGCCACUCGGCUGGCUGUGGAGUACCAGCGGCUCUUCAGGAAAGAUGUUAUCCUGGACCUGAUCUGCUACCGGCAGUGGGGCCACAACGAGCUGGACGAGCCUUUCUUCACCAACCCUGCCAUGUACAAGAUCAUCCGGUCCCGUAAGAGCGUACCUGACUCAUACUCAGACCAGCUGAUCUCUGAGGGGUUGAUGACUGAAGCCGAGAGAGACGAGAUGAAGUCCAAAUACUACAGCAUGCUCAAUGACAAGCUGUCCAAUAUGACCCUGUACAGCCCCCCACCCACCAACCUGCAGGGCCGUUGGGGAGACCUGGUGGAACCACAGAACAGAGUCACCACAUGGGACACGGGUGUCCCCAUUCCUCUGCUACAGUUUGUCGGAGCUAAAUCUGUUGACAUCCCAGAGGAAAUCCAGCUGCACAGCCACCUGGGAAAGACGCAUGUACAGGCUCGACUACAGAAGCUGGAAGAUGGGACCAAGCUGGACUGGUCCACAGCAGAGGCCUUGGCUUUUGGCUCUCUCCUCUCCCAAGGAUUUAAUAUCAGAAUCAGCGGACAGGAUGUUGGAAGAGGCACGUUCAGUCAGAGACACGCCAUGGUGGUUUGUCAAGACACAAACGACAUGUACAUCCCUCUGAACCAUAUCAGUCCUCAGCAGACGGGUUUCCUGGAGGUGUGUAACAGCCCGCUGUCUGAGGAGGCUGUGCUUGGAUUUGAAUAUGGUAUGAGCAUCGCACAGCCAAAGCUGCUUCCCAUCUGGGAGGCUCAGUUUGGAGAUUUCUUCAACGGAGCGCAGAUCAUCUUUGAUACGUUCAUCUCUGGAGGUGAAGCCAAAUGGCUGCUGCAGUGUGGGAUGGUGAUCCUGCUGCCUCAUGGCUACGAUGGAGCCGGACCGGAACACUCAUCCUGCCGUAUGGAGCGCUUCCUACAGAUGUGUGACAGUAAAGUGGAGGGCGUGGACAGUGAUGCUGUUAACAUGGCCGUGGUCAACCCCACCACUCCUGCUCAGUACUUCCACCUGCUCAGGAGACAGAUGAUCCGCAACUUCCGUAAACCUCUCAUCGUGGUCGGACCCAAGACACUGCUCCGAUUUUCUGGAGCUGUGUCCAGCCUGGCUGAACUGGCACCAGGAACAUCUUUCAGACCUGUAAUUGGUGACACCUCAGUCUCAGCAGAAAGUGUCCAGAAGGUGGUGCUGUGCUCUGGGAAGCAUUAUUACGCUCUGCUGAAACAGAGGGAGACAUCAGCAGCCAACCCGAACACUGCACUGAUCCGUGUGGAGGAGCUGUGUCCGUUCCCUCUGGAAGCUCUGCAGCAGGAGCUCAACAAAUACACUAACGCCAAAGAAUUUAUUUGGAGUCAGGAGGAGCCUCAGAAUAUGGGACCCUGGUCGUUUGUAGCUCCCAGGUUUGAGAAGCAGCUGGCCUGUAAGCUCCAGUUAGUUAGCCGACCUGCUCUGCCUGCCCCGGCUGUGGGCAUUGGGACCCUCCAUCAUCAACAGCAAGAGGCCAUCCUUACCGCUACCUUCUCCUAACACCGAACCAGACUUGAACCAGUGAUAACCAGAACACAAGCAUCAGUACUACACUACAAACUGUAUCUGCAGUGUUCCUCCCACCAUGGGACAACUAUGCAUUUAACAUGCAGGGCUGCUGUGAAAACACAGGACCCUUCAAUGAUGUGAUUUUAAAGUUUUAAAGUUAGAAGUUGUGGUUUGACAGGAUGGUCUGAUUUCCUGUCUUCUCCUUUGUCUCACUGACUCUGUUGUAUCCUUUAUGUGUUCACGUACACAAACACUUAUUAAUUUGUUUUGAAUCUAAAUGGAGGCCUUAGUAACAAUGUUUACAAAGUAGUUGUAGUGAAGAUGCACUUGAAGCUGACCGGCAUGUUUAUAGCACUUAACCUGCUUCAACCUUUAAGAGCUCAGCAGUUCAGGAAAACAAGGUCUGGUAUUCUCAGGCUGUCAUUCUGCUUAUUUGUGCAUUUUUGUACUGAUCCUACUGAACAGAAAAUAUCAGUUUACCUGGUGGAGAGCAUUAUCCUUCAAAUGACUAUGAAUGAGAAGUACCGUUGGGUCUGAAGCUACUUGGGUUUGAUAACCCAAAAAAAAAAAAAUGGGAGUACUGACAACUGGAUUUCUGAACUAACCAGAGGGAGAUGUUACCAUUUUAAACAUUUAAUGUUAAUCCAAGCUUGAGUUUGAUUAUUUGGAAAUUUGGUUGUGCAAACUUAGAACAAGAAGUACCUAAUCAUUAUUUAAUCACGGUUUGAACGAGACUCGAAUUGAGGAAUAAUAGCAUUAAAGGGCUUAUGUAAAUAAACCAAAUUAAGAUAUUCAAAAUGAAAUAUUUUCAAAUAAAAAUAUUUUCAAUUUUA